GUCAACGCCGAGGAAAACUAUCCUUCAAUGCCGUUCAGCUUUGGCUACGACACCGUGGACGAGUACGGCACCAGGCUCUUCCACCAAGAGCAGAGCGACGCCAACAACGCCCGGACGGGAAGCUACGGCUACAUGGACGCCAACGGGAUCUACCGCCGCGUCAACUACGUGGCCGACGCCAACGGCUUCCGGACCACCAUCGAAACCAACGAGCCGGGAACACAGGCCGGCAGGAGCGCCGACGCCAUUUUUAACGCCAGGCCCGUAGCCGCCGGAACGAGGUUCGGGGCUCCCGGAGGCUUCGGCGCGUCAGCUGCGAACGGCAGGGGUGGCCUCGCCCGCUCCGGAUCGUCUCAGCACGGCUCCAGCGUGUCCGCCAAUAGUGUAUACAACCAGGCUGCGGCCGGUCGUCCCGGUUACAAGCAAGGCGGCUACGGAAAAGCAGGGUACGGUCAGGCCGGAAUUGUUCAGGCUGGAAUCGUUCAGGCCGGCAAUGUUGAGGCAGGAAUCGCUCGGGCCGGAUACGGUCAGACCGGACAUAGCCAAUCUGAGAACGGUCGAACUGGAUACAGCCAAUCUGGGAGCGGUCAGGGCAGAUAUAGCAAGGAUGGAUAUAUUCAUGACGGGAACUCCCAGGCCGUGUACGAUCGGACCAGGUAUGAUCCGCAGAGGUCCGCAUACCAUGCAAAAAGCCAGGCCGGUUUUGCGUCUCGGUAUUAA